AAAUCUAGGAGGAAUAGAGGAGAAAAAGGGAGGUAACAUUAUUAUUAAACUGCCCUUCUAAAUUCUGCGACAAACGCGGAAAGCAAGGAGACGAAGAAAAGCCCUCACCACCACCUUCGUUAAAUAACCUAAAGAAAAGUUUUUUUUUUUCUUCUUCUUCUUCUUUUAGUUGGUUGCACGAUCUCGACGAACACGGAACACCGACCCAGAAGAAAAGGACUCGUAAAUUCUGCACCUUUUUCUUCUUCUCCCGUGUUUUAAAUCAUUGUUUUGUCAAAAAAGUCUUUUGCUUUUCUUUUGAACAGUUCUUCUGAAACACAAAGGUUUGUGUCUUGUUGUGUUUUUAAUUAAAUGGAUGAAGAAGACAGUGUGAGUAGCUUUGGAACGCCUGAGAUGAUGGGAAGGAGAGACUCUACGGGGAAGGCAAAAGCAUCAAAGCCUUUUGAGAAAGAGAUCCCUCGUUACCUCAGAGCAUCCACCGGUUCUUGCCAUGAUAUCUGCAAGUACGGCAAGAGGCAGGUGACGCUGGAGAAACCAUGGCGUUCCGCUAACAGAAAGAUCUUCAAGAAAGGGGAUGAUGAUGCUUUGGUCGACGAAACUUUGAAGCCUGGUUUGUUGAGAACCAAGAAGGCUACUACGAAGAAGGUCACUCCUGAUGGUGAUUCUUCUUCUUCUGAGAUGGUGAUCAAGAGAGAGGUUGUGAAGCAUCAAGUGAGUGGUGGUGGUGUCUCUAGUGGGAUUAAGAAGCCAAUACCAUCUGGUGAUGAAACUCCUGUGAAGACAAUGAAGAAGAAAGUGACAUCGAGUUCUAAGCUUAGACCUUCACCAGAUUCUGGAUCUCGUAGUGUUGAUGCUGUGAAGCCGAAGGUCUUGAAGAAAUCUUAUUCAGCACUAGCAACGUCUAAAUCUAAAGUAAACAGCGAGAAAGUUGCUUCUUCUUCAGUUCUGAAACCCAAAGUGGGAUCAAGAAGUGAAGAUGCAAAGAUGAAGAAGGCUACAGCUUCAUCUAGAGUUGUUUUAAAGAAGGUUCAAACAAAAGUGACUCCAAGAGCUUCACUUUCUCCUAGAUUGAGACUAGCUGGAACUUCGAGUUUGAAGAAGAGUCAGAGCUUAAAGACUGCAUCCGCUUCAUCCUCGAUUCAGAAACUAAGACGUGUGAAGCGCAGUGACGAGUCUAACAAGGAGAUAGAUGGUUAUCCAGUGGAGGAGAAAACAUUGCACGUUGUGGAAAUGGAAACAAAGAGCAAAGGUGUCUCUGAAGAUGAUCAGAAUCAGCAGUCCGUUGCUGAACCUUUUCCUCAUCUUCUACAGACUCAGUCAACUGAGAAAGAUGAUGAGUGUCCUGUUUCAGAAACAGAGGAGUAUGAUUACCCUUCAGGAAGCAACGAAGCUGAGAGCUUAGUAGAAGAAGAGACUGGAGCCUCCAUCAAUGGAGAGAGGAAAACAAGAGUGAGAAAGGAAGGAGAGUCUGCAGAGGAAGCUGCUCGGAAACUACAUUUCAGGAGAGGAAAAGUUGUGGAUGCUGAUGAUGUGGGUGAGAGUGCAAGGAAGCUCAAGUUUAGAAGAGGAAGAGAUCUUGGGGAAGACAAAGCGCAAGAUGCACAAGUCAGAAGAAGCUUUAAGAAGAGGGAAGAUGUCAAAGAAGAUGAAGAAGAAGACGAAGAUGGUGAAAAAGUUGUGUUGAGGCAUCAAGAUGUUCAGGAGAAAGAUGCACAGGGACUACUCAACAAUGUCAUUGAAGAAACAGCGAGUAAACUUGUUGAAGCUAGAAAAAGCAAAGUUAAAGCUUUGGUUGGUGCUUUCGAAACUGUCAUCUCUCUUCAAGAAUCUAAACCUCCUGCUGCUAACUCUGAAACUGUUAACUCGAGCCCGGUUUGAUGUGGAACUUCAAGAAAGAUUGUUUAAUGCAUUCAUAUUAAGGAUAUGAUGUCUGAUGUCUCAGCCAAAUAUUGAUAUGGUGCUUUGUGAAUAAUACUCUGAUGGAUUGUGUUAUGUGUUUAGUUUUGGUUCUUCUGAACCAGUUUGUUGGUCUCAUUUGGAUGUGUUCGGUUUUGUACAGACAAAAAAGACUAGUUUUCUUUACAUUUUCAUUUCUUAUUGGUUGUUGUU